AUGGCAAGCGGCUUGCGGAUUCUGGUGCCCGUCAAGAGGGUGAUUGACUAUGCGAUAAAACCCCGGAUCAACAAGACCCAGACAGGCGUCGAGACUGCCGGAGUCAAACAUUCCCUCAACCCAUUCGACGAGCUCUCUGUCGAGGAGGCUGUCCGCCUCCGGGAGCGCAAGGGACCGCUCAAGGUGGACGAUAUCCUAGCGCUUUCUGCCGGCGGUCCCAAAUGCGCUGACACCCUCCGUACCGCCAUGGCCAUGGGCGCCGACCGGGCGCUGCAUGUGGAGGUCCCCGAGUCUGGCGACGGUGGGCCAGAGCCAUUGACGAUCGCGAAGUUGCUCAAGGGUGUCGUGGAGAAGGAGAACAUCAACAUGGUCUUGCUCGGGAAGCAGGCUAUUGACGGCGACCAAGGCCAGACGGGCCAGAUGCUUGCGGGUCUGUUGGGCUGGUCGCAGGCGACGCAGGCGAGCAAAGUCGAUGUCAAGGAUGAGAGCGGCACGGUGGAGGUGACUCGCGAAGUGGAUGGUGGUGUCGAGACGCUCAGGGCGAAGCUGCCUAUUGUCAUCACGACGGAUCUGCGACUCAACGAGCCGCGCUAUGCCAGUCUGCCCAAUAUCAUGAAGGCGAAGAAGAAGCCGCUGGAGAAGAAGACGCUGGCGGACUUUGGUGUGGAGGACAAGAGACGGCUCAAGACGUUGAAGGUUACUGAACCGCCGCCACGACAAGGCGGAGGCAAGGUCGAGGAUGUCGACGGCAUGAUCUCGAAGCUGAAGGAACUUGGCGCUCUAUGA